AUGGAUAGACAAAUGAAUGAGCAUGAUGAUCCUGAAUCAGCAAAAGAAGACUUGGUUUGUACUGACAGUGAUAGUACUAGCUCAGAUUCCCUUGAUGAUCAAGAACAAGACAUUACUACGCCUGAACAAGGCAUCAAUAAAAACCAGAAGUGUUCUAGUGAAGAACAAGAAAAAUGCAAUAAACAGGAUGUAGAAGUGCCUUCUUUGAUCAACUUGACUGCAUCUGAAGAAUCAGUCAAGACUUAUGAAAUGGUUGAAGACGAAGAACCAUCUCACCCAGCUGUUUACUUCAAACUUCAUCAGAAAAAUGCACCAAAAGAACCUGCCACUAAGGCUGAACCAUCUUCUCAACCUGACAAAUUAACCAAGAAUGGUGAAUUUUAUUACCUUCUUAUUGAAUCACCUAUCAAUCAAACUACAGAACCUUCUCUCACUCGUAUUGAAGUUAGAGUAAGAAACAAUGUCUCUUCUACUAGUUAUUUUCAUUCCAGAGGUACUGCUUGGGAAGCCAUGUUAAAAUGGUUUUUUAUCUUGCUUGCUUGCUCAGCUUUAUUAGCGUUUUUAUUGCCUCUGUUGUUUGAACUUGAUUGGCACAACUACCUUUCAAACUUCAGACUCAAUGUUUAA